GAGACGUUACUGGAAGUGGCAGCAGAGGAGGGAGACCUGUAUAGAUCACAUGAUGGCACCAAUGGGGAUGGAGGAGGACCGGAGUCACAUGACUGAGAAGAUACUAAACCUCACCCUGGAGAUCAUCUACCUGCUGACCGGAGAGAGAUUUCCUCUUCUGAAGUCAGGUGAUCAUAUGACCAUCACAGUGCCUCCAUGUGACUCCCUAAACCCUGAGAGACACAACAUGCAGAAGAUUCUAGAAGUCACCAAGAAGAUGAUGGAGCUGCUGACAGGAGAGGUUCCUAUAAGGUGUCAGGGUGUCACUGUCUAUUUCUCCAUGGAGGAGUGGGAGUAUUUAGAAGGACACAAGGAUCUCUACAAGGACGUCAUGAUGGACAAUCAGCCGCCCCUCACAUCACCGGAUGGAUCCAGUCAUGGGAACCCACCAGAGAGAUGUCCCCGUCCUCUGUAUUCCCGGGAUUCCACACAGGAAGGUCACACCAUCCCUCACCAUCAUCAGAGUGGAAACCUGAGAGAUCCUAAAGUUGAGAUUAAAGCAGAAGAAGAAGAGGCGUAUGUGAGGGAUGAUCAGCAG